AUACAAAUAAUAAACAAAAGCUGAAAAGCAAUAAUCAAAUUAUUUGAUAGACGUCAAAUCUUUCCGCAUUGUUUUAAGUUUUCCAAAUCAAACUAGAAUCGCGCACGCGGCUAAUCAAGCGCCAAUUAGAGCCCUGACCACAAUCUGAAUCAUUUGGAGACUCAAAAAGCAUGCGCAGCAACCAGACGUCAGUAUAUGUCCGAACCGGCUGCUUAAAUGAAAGCGACGAGCCCGGUCCGAAAUUGCGUCAGAGCUGACAAAAUUAAAAGAAAAAGAAACAACAACAUAUUUUCACAUUCGGGUGCGAAUCAGCUCACAUUUUCGUAUAAAAGGCCGGGAUUCUUUGGAGUUAAGCACACAGAAGCAACGCAACGUUCCAAGCAAACACAACACAAUUAGAAACUUAAAUUCUUCAAAGGAUAACUCAACUCUCAACAAAAUGGAGCUUAAGAACAUUUACACCUGCCUUAGCCUGCUGCUCAGCAUCAUUAUCUGCAACUUGUCACAAUGCAGCGCCAAACCCACAUACUAUGAUAUGGAUAACUAUGAGAACACCUAUGAGUACAGUCCCAGAAGCGACGACAGCGAUUCCUAUGCCCUGGCCUAUGGAAAGCCCCUCACACGCAACAGUCUGAACAAGCUAAACACGGGCUAUUACUAUGUGGAUAAUGGCUAUAUUGCGCCGGUGAGCGGCUCGAGUGCCUCCAACCGUCGUCGGGUGGGUGAAGAUCAGUCCGAUCAGCCCGCUCAGUCCGCUGACACCUAUAGAUUCACACCGCUUGUGCGCUUCAGGAAGACCCACACAAAGCGCAAUAAGCUGUUUGUGCCCAACUUAUUCGGCUAAACUGCAGCCGUAACUGCCCUGGGAAUACGAGAGCACAGACUGAUGAUGUUUGUUAUUGUAUAUAUACACACAUAUACAUAUGUAUUUGUUAUUUAAUAUUAUCAUAAGCUCACCAGCAAGUACCUUAUCUCAUCUACACUAAGCAUAUUUAUUUAGAAAAACACAAUCAAGAAAAUCUUUUAAAAUAAAUAUUUAUACCUGA